AUGUUUACUAACACUUCAGGUAUAAUAUGGACCAUAUUCUUUCAUAGACUAUUCGGGCCGAUAACACCGACUACCAAUGAGUUUCUUACCAUAACAUAUCCAAUGACUUCUGAUUUACCAGAUUUGGAUUCUUUGAUAGACGAAAAAAUCAAUCAAUUGAUUAAAAAGAAGUUUGAUGAUAAUACCGUACAGAAUCAAGAACAAAAACCGAAAAUGGGCCAAGUUGUAAUACAGUUCCUCGAUAAGAAGGUUACAAAGUCCAAAAAGAAGACCGGCUGGUUUGGUCAAGGCAAAAGUAGCGACUCUGAAGACCUCAAAUUGUGGGAAUCAUGGACAAUCAACGUAAAAUGUUUGCCAAUAAUCAGAGAAAGUGGGAGGGAUAAGCAGGUGUCAGAAAAGACGCCAGGACCAAUAAAAGUCACUGACAAAGAAAGCUAUGAGCAAAACAUUGCUAUUUCAAUAAAUAGUUUUGAGAAUAAUAUGAGGAAAAUUAUAGACAUAGCAGAUAGUCAAAAGGACUACAUUCCCCCCAUAACGUCCUUGGAUAGUUCACCAUUUCCCUACUCUAUUGAUGUGGAACGGAAAGCUCCGGAUAAUAUGAACUACACCGCCGGCGAGGACGAAAGUUGGGGCAACUACAUCAAAAAAAUGCUAGACUAA